AUGGCAAAAGGUUAUUCAAGACUGCUUUUCGUCUUCUCUUCUAGUUUCAUACAUCUCUUUGUUCUCUCCCUUGCCCAACCAAACUUUAUAGUCCAACAUUGUUCAGAUAAUAAUGGAAAUUAUACCAUUAACAGCGCCUACGAAACAAAUCUCAAUAGCCUCCUGUCCUCCAUCUCCUCCAACACAGCAAUAGACUAUGGAUUUUACAAUGAAUCUUCUGGCCAAGAACCUGACAAAGUGAAUGCAAUCGCUCUUUGUAGAGGAGAUGUUUCACUUGAAGUCUGUCGAGGCUGUGUCACAAACGCCACUCAAAAGAUUUUGCAGGUGUGUCCCAACCAAAAGGAGGCUAUUGGAUGGUAUGAUGAAUGCAUGCUACGAUACUCCAACAACUCCAUUUUCAGAGAGAUGGAAACUCAACCUCAGUUUGAUUUGGUUAACACACAAAAUGUCACCGGAGAUGUCAGUGCGUUUAAUACGGGACUGCAGGAUUUGUUGACCAACUUGCGGAACACAGCGGCCUCGGGGAGUUCAGUUCUCAAGUUUCAAACGGGAAAUACAACUGCAAAUUUUCAGUCCAUAUAUGCACUUGUGCAGUGUACUCCUGAUUUGUCUGCCGAUAUGUGCUCUGAUUGUCUUGAUCAGGUUAUUGGAGAAAUACCAUCUUGUUGCAGUGGCAAGAUUGGAGGCAGAGUUCUUACACCAAGUUGUUACUUCAGAUUUGAGCUUUACCGUUUCUUCAACUCAACGGUUAACUUGCUGCCGCCACCGCCUACGGAAGGUAUAGAUUGCUGA